UGAUAACUAGCUCUGACAACCUGACGGUCUUGCAAUUUGGUUUUCAUUUUGAAUUCCAAUUUGUUAGUUACUUUAUUCACUUAUUCCUAUCUUACAUUCUAGCCCUGCAGACUGCAUUACUGCAAUAUUGUGCAACUUGUUUUGAUCCUUUUCUCAACAUCGUAUUUCAUUGCUGUUUCAUUACUUGCAUUCGCCAUUGCCCAUAGUCUAUUCAUUCAAUCAAUUACUUAUACGAACUUCCGUGAUCAUGUUUUUAAACAAAAUAUCUAAGUGUCUGACGACGAAGGCUAAAAGCGUCCCGUGUCUUUUCUAUCAUAAAAAUGUGAUUGAUCAUUAUGAAAAUCCCCGUAAUGUUGGAUCGUUGAAUAAAAAUGACAAAAAUGUUGGAACUGGAUUGGUUGGAGCACCUGCAUGUGGUGAUGUCAUGAAGUUACAAAUUAAAGUUGAUGAUAAUGGUAGAAUUGUUGAUGCCAAGUUUAAAACUUUUGGCUGCGGAUCUGCUAUUGCUUCUAGUUCACUAGCUACAGAAUGGGUUAUGGGAAAAACUGUUGAUGAAGCACUUUCCUUAAAAAAUACAGAAAUCGCUAAAGAACUAUCUUUGCCUCCAGUGAAGCUUCAUUGUUCAAUGUUGGCUGAGGAUGCUAUUAAGGCAGCAUUAUCAGAUUAUCGCAUUAAACAACAAGAGAAGAAAAAAUCAGAUCAGGAAUAAUGAAAGUGUUAAGUUAGUAAUACCACUACACAUAAUAAUAAUGCAUUACUACUGUGUAAUACAAAAUUGUAUUUGUUGUCCUUGAAAUAAUCAUAUUUUUUUUAUAAAUUAUUAAAUUGCAUAAAAAAAAACAAUUGUUUAUCAUUAUAUUUAUAGAUGUU